AAAAGAAACAUGAAUUUUCAAAAAAAUGAAGAUUCCUCACAAAGUAAUAUGAUUGUCACUGUAAGAAUUAGACCAGAGUCAGAAGAAGAAAUUUUAAAUCAAAAAUGUAAAAAUAUAAUAAAAAUAGUUGAUGAAAAUACAUUAAUAUUUGACCCCAACGAAACAGAUUUUUAUAAAAGCAGUAGUAAUAAAUCGGCAUUCAGUAAUAAUGGCAGUAAUAACGAACAAAGAUAUAUAUUUGACAGAAUUUUUGAUCAGUUUAGUACUCAACAAGAAGUUUUUGAAAAUACAACAAAGAAAUUAAUAAAUUAUGUAUUGGAGGGUAAUUAUAAUGCAUCUGUUUUUGCUUAUGGUGCAACCAAUGCAGGUAAAACCCAUACAAUGGUUGGAAAUGAUCAUAGUGGUCCAGGAAUAAUGGUGUUGACAAUGAAAGAAUUAUUCGAAUCGAUAGAAAAAGAUAGCGAAAAGGUAUACACCAUAUCAAUGUCUUAUUUAGAAGUAUACAAUGAAACUAUUAGGGAUUUGUUUGUUACCGAUAGUAAAUCAUUAGAACUUAGAGAGGAUUCAAAUAAAAGUGUUGUGGUUAGAGAUCUAACCGAAAGAUUUCCAAAUAAUGCAAAUGAUGUAUUAAAGUUAUUAGAAUUUGGUAAUUCCAAUAGAAAGCAAUCUCCUACUCAAGUAAAUCAAACCUCAUCAAGAUCACAUGCUGUUUU